UUUGGCUGCUCAUUGGUCGAGAAAUAUGGAAUCAGAUGACGUAGUGGUUCCGGGUUUCUAGGUCCCAACAAAAGGUAACUUUCGGUCAUUUGUGAAAGAGCGGCACACGGCUGACCGGGCUUUCUUCAGCUGAAGCUUAAGCAUUUUGUGGACCAAAUAUUUACAUGCUACAACUGUGGGACUCUUAAGAGUUUAAGAGCUUUUUUUCCCCUCUUCCCGUCCAACACAAUUCUCUUGACGCACCUCAAACAUCUUUGGGACCACCAAGCUUGAAAGUUUUCUGAUAACCUGCUGCUCAGCUCCCUUCCAGAAAAAAGCAUGGGUCUUCAGUCAGACUCUGUCCUCCAAUCUAUCCUCCUUUUUCCAAUCCACCUUAUCAUAUGGCUGUACUCAAUAGUCUCAUUCCUGCCUUGGUACUACCUCACCGGAGCUGGCCAAGGAAAAGCUCUGUCCAAGAGGAUAAAAGCCCGUUCCAAAUCAGGAUGUGCCGAGGGACCAUACCGCUCCGUGGACCGAUUUGAUUCCCUGGCCAGGGAAGACUUCCCAGGCAAGGACACACUCGAUAAGCUGUUCAAGCAUGCUGUGCAGCGCUUCGGUGAAGCUGAUUGUCUAGGAACCCGAGAGAUUCUGAGCGAAGAGAACGAGACUCAGCCCAACGGCAAAGUUUUUAAAAAGCUGAUCCUGGGGGAGUACAAAUGGUUAUCCUACAAUGAACUCGACUCCAUAGUCAGUGAGUUUGGCAGUGGAUUGGCGGCUUUGGGGCAGCAACCCAAAAGCACUAUUGCAGUCUUCUGUGAAACCAGGGCAGAGUGGAUGAUCACUGCUCAGGCAUGCUUCAGACACAAUUUCCCACUGGUGACGUUCUACGCCACACUGGGGGAGGAGGCGAUUGCUUUUGGACUGAAUGAGACGGGUGUUUCACAUUUGGUCACCAGCGUGGAGCUCCUUGAGACUAAGCUGAAAACUGUACUGCCACAGAUCCCCAACCUGAAGCAUGUGAUUUAUGUGGAUGACAAGAAAAUGAACACAGAAGGCUACCCAGCAGGGCUUUCCAUCCGCAGUAUGCAGUCCGUACGAGAGAUGGGCAGGCAGCCGGAGAAUGUGGCUAGGGCAAUUGUUGAGCCCCGGCCAUCCGAUCUGGCCGUUGUGAUGUACACCAGCGGUUCCACAGGCAGACCCAAAGGAGUUGUCAUUGUCCACAGUAACCUAAUUGCAGGAAUGACAGGCCAGUGUGAACGCAUCCCUGGGCUCGGGCCUAAUGAUACCUACAUAGCCUAUCUGCCCCUGGCUCAUGUUCUGGAAAUGACAGCUGAAAUCUCCUGUGUCACAUAUGGUUGUCGGAUUGGCUAUUCGUCCCCACAGACACUGUCAGACCAGUCUACCAGGAUAAAGAAGGGAAGUAAAGGAGAUUGCUCUGUGCUCAGGCCCACACUGAUGGCAGCUGUGCCAGAAAUCAUGGAUCGCAUCAACAAGAACGUGAUGAGCAAAGUGCAGGAAAUGGGUUUUGUUCAGAAGAUGCUGUUUACACUGGGCUACAAUUAUAAACUGGAGCAGAUCAGGAGGGGCUAUGACGCACCACUCUGCAAUGCCUUGUUGUUCCGGAAAGUAAAGAAACUGCUGGGUGGGCGAGUCAGGAUGAUGCUGUCUGGAGGAGCCCCCCUGUCCUCGGCCACUCAGAGAUUUAUGAAUGUGUGUUUUUGCUGUCCAGUGGGCCAGGGCUACGGCCUCACUGAGACCUGUGGAGCAGGCACUAUCACAGAGGUUGAAGACAUCAGCACUGGUCGUGUUGGAGCUCCUCUGAUUUGCUGUGAGAUUAGACUCAGGGACUGGGCUGAAGGUGGCUACACCAGUAAAGACAAGCCAAAUCCAAGAGGGGAGAUCUUGAUCGGUGGCCCCAAUGUAACCAUGGGCUACUACAGGAGUGAAGGCAACAAUCAGGACUUCUUUGUGGAUGAAAAUGGUCAGAGAUGGUUCUGCACCGGAGAUGUAGGAGAGGUUUACCCAGAUGGCUGUCUACAAAUUGUUGACCGCAAGAAAGAUUUGGUGAAACUGCAGGCUGGAGAGUACGUGUCUCUCGGUAAAGUGGAAUCUGCACUGAAAAACUGCCCUCUUAUAGACAACAUCUGUGCUUAUGCAAACAGUGAUCAGAACUAUGUGAUCAGCUUCGUGGUUCCCAAUCAGAAAAAGCUCACAGAACUGGCCAAACAGAGGAGCAUAGAGGGGACAUGGGAGGAGAUCUGCACUAAUCCUGAAAUGGAAAGCGAGGUCCUGAAGGCGAUCAAGGAGGUCGCCACUAACAUUAAACUCCAGAGAUUUGAGAUUCCAGUGAAGGUGCAUCUGAGUCCAGAGCCGUGGACGCCUGAAACGGGCCUAGUCACAGAUGCAUUCAAGUUGAAGAGGAAAGAGCUGAAGAACCACUAUCUCCAUCACAUAGAGAGAAUGUAUGGGAGGAAGUAACUUCCAGCAGGCCCACACCACCCAGGAGUUACUGCUUUCACCAUAACCACGAUUUUGAUGUGCAAAUAUUCCUCUGGUUACAAAGCUGUAGUUUAUUUGUGUUCCACAGCUUCAGAGAAAAGCGUAAGCUAUAAAUAGUUGUAGCCGUUUAUCCGUGUGUGUGUGAAUGUGUGAGAAGUUGUGUUUGUAAGAGAUGCACCAAAGUGUCAGUUUUUGUUAUUAGAAGGGUGAAAGGCUAUUGCAGCUCUCAACUGCCAUCCAUUGGAAAUUGCUGGGACUCUUAUUUGUAGCUGUUAGAAACGGCACCUUCGGUCCACAUGUUGCUUAAGUCUUGCUGCUGCUUUCAUUGAAAAUGUUUCAAAAAAUAAAGGAAAAAAAUGCGACCAUGAUCAGAGGCAUGUCAUGCUGUUUUGUAAAGUUGGAGUACUGAUGUUAAGGUGCCUUCAGUCUGCAGUUCUCAUGUAGUCGAGCAGAGGUGGUAGCUAGACAGUAAAAAAGAAAAGUUACAAAAAAGGCUGAAUGCCCUGUUUACUUGAAAGGAAAAAUACUCCCCACCGCAGACACAUCGACACGAUCAAGAGCAUUUACAGUCGUUUGUCCGUGUCUGUGUAUUUAGCUUUGAUUUUGUUUCUUACCUGUUUUAUUUAUGCUUUAAUGUUAUUUUAAUGGUUUGUUAAGAAAGGAAGACCAAAAUGUGUUGGCCUAAAUGACUCAGGAAGACAGACAAAUGUUUUAAUAUAUGAAGUUGUCAAAUGUGGGGUAUAGAAACAUUUUGACAAAUGUUUGUAGGCACCUUAUUAA